GAGGUCGCUGGCCCGCUCACCUGCCUUCUUUCCUAGCUGGCUUAGGGAACUUCCGCAGGUGGCCUACUCGAUACUAGAUUUUAAUUUAGAUUAGCCCGCCCGGCCUUGACUGAUCGACACGCUCCUCCUCCCAGUUGCCGCCCACAGUGCCAACACCCCUCGCACCAUGUCGAGCACGUCGCCCACGAGUCCGCCCAAGAGGCCGAGACUGUCUCUCCAGAUCAAGGCCCUUGCCAACGGGCCGAGUGGGCGGACAUCGAGAUGCCUCGCCGCGGCCGUCGAUGUCAAGUCGCCGACAGCUUUCAACACGCUCUCCAAUGUGUACGCCACAGCCGUCGACCGGUCGACGCCGGUGCAGGAGAACCCGCCCACGGCGAUCUUGGGCGGCCGCCCAGUGCUCCGUCUGCAGACGCAGGAUGUGGCCGGGAACGCGAAAGACCGCGCGACCCCCGCCUCCUAUCGGGGGCCUUACCUCGACACGCCCAUCACCGCCCAGCCAAUAUCGCCCGCCGUCGCCGGGGAGAUCUGCUUCCCGAGCGCUGCCAUGACGGCGACGCCUCCCCUGUCGGCCCAGCCGCCCGAGAAGAACGGCACCCAGGUGUUCACCUUCGAGGCCUCGACGCCGGCGACCGCCGUGUUGGACGCGCCGCGGCCGCUGCCUCCGGCGAGCCAGAACACCAAGCGGCGCACGACGAUGCCCGCCGGGUCGACAAAGCUGCCCUACACCCACCCGCGCAGCCUGCGCAGCAUUCUGCGCAACUCGCCGCUGCCGCCGCUCAGCUCCAAGUCUCCCGAGUCUCCCCGGCGGCAGUCCCUGCGGCUGCAAGAGAAGGCCGCCCGGCGGGUGGCCUACAACAGCCCCCUGACGCAGGAGAUCACCACGAGCAAGUACACCAAGUCGCACAUUGACCUCCUCGCCGAGGACAGCACGCCCACGUCCAUCUCGCCCGAGACCUCGUCCUCGGACGACGGCGACAACAGCCUCGACCAGGCCAUGGCCGACGCCCCCGGCAGCGACAGCACCCGCGACGGCGGCCAGACCCCCGGCCCGUUCGAGGAGAUGCGCCGGCGCAUGGCCAACAUGCACGCGUCGACCCCCGUGGCGCGGUCGCCGACGGGCAGCGGCAUCCGCAAGCGGAGCAGCAAGCGGCGGGAGAAGAAGCGGCGCUGGGUCUGGACGAUCGGACAGGACGAAGAGGGAGAGGGGGAGAGCGCGGUCACCGGGGCAGCCGCCGUGCCGGCCAAGAAAGAUCCCGCGGUGUCAGUACCUGUGCUUGCCGUCCCGGCGCCGCGGCCGCGCACGAGGAACCAGCAAGCCCUCGCCCAGGCGCAGCUGGCGAAGGCCGUCGCGGCCGCAACGCAGACCCAAGUGCCGGUCCUCGCGGUGCCCGUGCCGCCCGCCCGCGCCGCCGCUGCUCCAGCAACAUCUGCAAAAACAGCAACAACAACACCACCAUCACCACCACCAAAAACCACUGCCCCUGCGCCUGCCCCUGCCGUUCCGCGCUCUCCUCCUCCCGCCCCCGCGCCGCCGCGAGAAGCCACACCAGCACCCGCGCCGCCGCCGUCCCCGCCUCACCAACCCCAUCUGCGACCGCGACAGGCCGGCGACCUGACCCCGAUCCCCUCCUCCCUGCUCCCCACGCGGCACUCCACCCCAGACUCCUCCUGCAGCCACAGCGUGCGCCACCUCACGCCCGAGCCCUACUCCAUGUCCUCCAUGUCCAUGUCUAUGAACAACCGGCUGCCCUCCAUGACAAUGGAGGACAUGUUCGGCCGCGGCGGCGCCACCGCCGCCGCCGCCGCCUCGGCGGCCGACCGGAAUGGGGAGGACGACGAGGAGGCCCCCACCCCGAGCAUCGAGUCCUCCACCGCCGCCAGCGUGUGUAGCAGCAGCUGCUGUUGCGCCAGCACCGCCGGCCGCGACUCGGUCUUUGACGAGCACCGCCCGCGGUCUGCGGACGCUGUCGGCGGCUUCGGCAGCGGCGGCGGCGGUGACGUGGAGAUGUCGGACGCAAGUAGCGUCGUGGUGUCCGCGUCUGAGGACGAGGGCGAGGGUUGUGAGGGGCAGGGGAAGGGGAAGGGGUAUACUCUGAGCAAAGAGUCCCGGGGAGCGGGGAAAGGGUUGUAUGUGCGGAAUGCCUUGCGGGGGGAGGCUGGUUGGGAGAGGGACGGCGAGGGAGCUAGGGACGGGGACGGGGAUGGGGAUGGGGAUGUGGAGAUGGACGAGGGCACGCCGACCAUGACGGCAAGGCCGGUGGGCGAUGGGUUCGGCGGGCGCGGGUGGGUGCCAUGGCGGGAUGGCGGCGCUGUGUUGUGAUGUCGCCUGCGGAAGGUCUUGUUUUGUCUGGUCCACUGGAUGAGAGGGCGGUGGUGAAUUGUAUGGAGAGGGAAGGGAGGGAAGGAUAUUGGGGAGGUUAAUGAUGUGUUUUGGGGGAUUUUG